AGAUAUUCGACCUUUUGACAACGAUCUUGUUGGUAUAGCCUAGUACUAACUGCACAAUACAAAGGCCUACACGCUCGAGCAAAUGUCCAUGGGAUUUGAAAAACUGUUGUUGUUGGAGCCUCAGGCCUGUGCAUGCAGCUGAUAGUGCCAUCUAAUAGAGAGAGCAAAAGUACGCGGCAAGGUCACAUCGGCGAUACCAAAGUCCACAUCACCAAUGGCGUUGGGCUGCAGGUAGGAUAGCCUUGUAGUGAACAAAAUGGAGGCCGACAGUAGAACUACACUUCAGUAAUUAGCCACCAAUUCAAUCGUCCCCACCUCCGUUAUGGCUGCUCCUGCGUUGGGCACACUAUUGGAUGCUAUCUCAUCGGGAACCUCCACCACCACGGUCCUGGUCUUUGUCUUCGUUUUCCUCUUCGUGUCUUGGAUCCUUCGCCGUCGUGAUAGGACAACACGCAAUCUACCACCUGGGCCAUGGCCGUGGCCACUACUUGGCAACUUGCCAAACUUGAUUGCGGCGGGUGGGGAGCCGCAUGAAAUGUUCCUGAGAUUGUCGAAGCAAUAUGGGCCUGUCUUGCGAAUAGAUUUGGUUGGUGGAAAGCGCAUUGUCGUUUUGCACGGCUACAAGGCAAUCUAUCAAGCUUUCAACAAUCCACUCCUGAGUGACAGACCAGUGUCCGAGGUAGCCCGGAGUAUUAGCCCAGGCAUAGGUGUCACUAUAGGAUCCGGGCAGACGUGGAAAACGCAGAGGAAUUUGGUCAUGCAGUUCAUGCGAGACUUUAGCAUCGGCAGGUCUGGUUUUGAGGGUUCAAUUGCACAAGAAGUCAAAUCGCUGAUCCAGGAAUUCAAAAGUAUGAAGGACAAACCUAUAAACACUGUCCAUCUCUUCCACAGUGCCAUUUCAAACAUCAUCUGCGCAGUUGUGUACGGCACAAGAUAUGAUUAUGAUGACCCCAAAUUCAAAGAGCUUCUCCGUCAAACGAUUCGUACCUUUGAGCUUCUUGGCUCUGGCGGUAUCCUCUUUUUCAUGCCAUUUGCAAAUCUGGUUGCGGCAUUCAUACCAUCCCUGAGGGAGAUUUCUCAAAACUUUAGGAAGUACAACGCUUUUGUUCAGGAAGCCCUUCUUUGGCAUCGAGGAGCCUUCGAUCCCCAGAGCGACCCAACAGAUUUCCUUUACUUGUGUCUGAAUACUGAAUACAGGAAUAGGGAAGUGAGCAUGGGCGACAUGAUGACAACAUCGGGAGACCUCUUCUUUGCAGGUACAGAGACCACUGCCACCACACUGCAGUGGAGUCUUCUGUACAUGAUGGCUAACCCUGAGAUACAAGCUCGGGUUCAGCAAGAAAUUGACUCUGUUGUUGGUCGGGAUCGCCUCCCACAGAUGUCUGAUAAACCAAACCUCCCGUACACCGAGGCUACCAUGCUUGAGAUCCAACGCAUCGCCAACAUCGUGCCCCUUGGCCUACCCCACAAGGCUGCUGAAGACACAACACUCAUGGGCUACACCAUCCCAAAAGGAACCAUCCUGCUACCAAACUUCUGGGCUUUGGGGCGUGACCCAGAGGUGUGGCCUGAACCAGGCCUGUUCAAACCUGAGAGGUUUCUGGACAAGGAUGGCCAUGUGACCAGAAAGAAUGAGUUUAUGCCAUUCAGCGUAGGACGCCGGAUGUGCCUUGGGGAACCACUGGCCAAGAUGGAGCUUUUCCUGUUCUUCAGUGGCCUUCUGCAUCAGUUCACCUUCCAGAGACCCGAUGGUGCUCCCCCGAUCUCCUUCAAGGGUUCGACAGGAUUAACAUUCGCCCCAGUGCCAUUUGAAAUGCGUGCCAUUGUCCGCACUUAGCUUGUUGUGGAGGCCUUCACUCAGUCUCCAACUAAGACCUUGAUGCAUUCUCAACCUUACUUUAGUGGCAGUGUCGCUAUAAGUUUAGUGUAUUUUCAGGACACAAGUUUUCUGGAGAAGAAUAAUUUCAACAAAAAGUGAAGAAUUGUAAUGUAUAUUCACCAGAAAGAAACGUUUUUUAUUUCAAUUUUUUCAACUUGUCCUGUAAUUAGAAUAUAUUGAUUCACAAUGACACCCUCUUCAAAACAUUCAAAGUUUUAGAAUAUUUUGUUUUACUGCGACAUUUUCCUCAAGGGCUUUCAAUGAUACUGUAAAUAUGAAACACAUCAGCCUACAUCUUGAGUUGAGUUAAUCAGCAUUUGAAACCUAUUAAGAACUGCAUAAUUUUUUGGGAAUGUACAGGGAAAACCAGCUACAUGUACAUGCCACACAAAUACUUUAAUUCUAAAUCUUUACUCAGGAUAGUAAAUCAACUUUUAAUAGGUUCUUACAAGAAAUUAUUGCAACCCAAUAGCCUUAUCGUGUUUAAUUAUAGUACUUUAAAUGUAAAAUAUUUCUUUCUUGUACAAAAAUAGCAAAUUUCUUUUAAUGCACAUUGACUAAGGAAAAGGACUGCUCAACUAAAAUAAUAUUAUAAUCUACUUUAAACCCAGAUGUUGUUUAUAUUUCAACACUUAAACCAAAAUUCAGAUUUAUAACUUGAAAAAGUUUUUUUUAAGCAAGUCUAUGUUUUGACCUUUUUAAUUGACAGCAUGUGACCAAAAAGAAAUAGUCUGGUGCCAAGCACUUGCUGAUCAAUUCCACUGUAAAUCAUACAUUAUACACUCUGGGAACCUGGUCAACAUGGCUGCAAUAAGAUGCAGCUUUGCACCAACAAAUGUAUAAA